AUGGACUCGUACAAUGAACAGGUGGUGCAAGAAGCACUUGAAAGGGCACAAGACGAAGAUCCUAGCCGAACAUCGGUGGUUAUUGCUCAUCGUUUGUCGACAAUACGUUCAUGCGACGUUAUUUGUGUAAUAGGAAAAGGACGUGUUAUGGAGAGUGGAAGCCAUGCAGAGUUAAUUCAACAGCGUGGAGUCUACUACCAAAUGUAUACACACAAUGGAUCAAGCUGA